AUGGCACCUACGAUCGUAAUCAUUGGCGGUGGCCCUAGUGGUCUCACUCUAGCCCGCCUUCUCGAAUGUAACGACAUUGACUACGUUGUCUACGAACGCAACAUCUCUGAAAACUCGCCACCCGGACAAGGUGGCUCCCUUGACAUCCACGGAGCGACAGGACAAGAAGCUCUUAAGCGUGGAGGUUUAUCUGCCGAGUUUGAGAAGCUCGCUCGUCGUGAUGCAACUGUGGCCCAAAUCGCUGACAAGGGCAAGCAGCUCGUCAAGUUCGGUGAGGAUCGAGAUGCACCCGAGAUUGACCGAGUUCAACUUCGGAAACUUCUGCUCAACUCGAUUCCUUCACAUAAGAUCCAGUGGAACAAAGCCGUGACACAAGUAAAAAGGGAUUCUGAGGGAAACGUUGUCCUUCACUUUGCUGAUGGGACUAACGCAACCGGCUUCCGGCUGGUAGUUGGAGCUGACGGAGCCUGGAGCAAGGUCCGACACUUGCUGACGCCUGCGAAGCCUAAGUACUCUGGUAAGAGCUACAUCGAAGGCAAGAUUUCACCUGGAAACUCAUUCUACAGACAAGUCGAAGCCAGGGUUGGCCAUGGAAGCAUGCUUGCUUUUGGUUUGAGGAAGCAUUUGGCCGUUCAGCAAAUGAGCGAUGGUUCAUAUCGCAUCUAUCUCGGUCUUACAGUGGAUGAGAAUGCCUUUGCCGUCGGUAACCCGAAUGUUGACCUUGUCGCUGAUAACGGCACCCUGGCUCGACAGUUCUUCCUGUCUCAGCCGGGAUACUUUGCAGACUGGGAUAGCGAGCUCAAGGGUAUUAUCGCCAACAGCGAGGGUGGCUUUCGCUACUGGCCACUCUACCACAUGGCCCCUGACUCUCUGAACUGGGAACAUGCCCCCCAGGUCACUCUGAUUGGAGACGCAGCCCACGUGUCAACUCCAUUUGUUGGAGAGGGCGUCAACUGUGCCAUGUACGACGCUCUGGUACUCUUGGAGAAGAUUCUUGAGUUUGGGACUGGCGACGGCUUGGACCGUGCUGUUGCCGAGUAUGAAAUGGACAUGUUUAAGCGUGGGAGAGACUUGAUUGAAAGGAGCAUGGAAUCUGCUGAGCUUUUGUUUGCUGAAGAUGCCCCGAACGGGCUGGUUCAGAUCAUUCAGGGUAGCUCUGAGUAG